AUGAUUGCUUAUUCCACUUGUCAUGGGAGGCAAGUCAUCACCCUCUUCAAUGCUCUUUAUAGCGUGAUCAACGACCAAGCAUUGUACCAAAUCAGCAUCGACCAACCCACCGUCGUCAGCUGCGCUGCCAAAGAAUGGGCCAUCGGCGACUGGUUCCCCUGCUCCGACGCGUCCUGGUCUCUCCAGAUUAACGACAAGCAGGGGGUUUCUAUCAAGAUCAACCACAUCGUAGACGGUGUAACAUACUGCGGCGAUGCUACCAUUCAGUUCACUGGCGCCAUUCCUGUUUACCAAAUCCAGGAUGGCAACAUUACUGUUACUCUCGAGCCAGUCGACUAAGGGAAUUUUUUUCUUUGGGGAAGAAAAUUUAGAUGGAGAUGCG